CAGCACCGUGUGGGGUAGUAUCAUGAUACGAAGUAAUCGCGUUUCAGUAAGCGCCGCGACAGCAGUAGGAAAAGAACUAUUAUUGUUCAAAUUUACUAUUCAGGUGCAAUAAAACUAAAAUUAAUAUGAAAAAAUCCAAAUAAAAUUUCAAAUUAAAUAAACUUUAUAAAUAUUUAAAAAUUUUAUAAAUAUAUGUAUUAAUUGAAAUGUACUUAAAUGGGGGGUAGUGAUAAUUAUUUUCGUGUAACAGUUUCACUUAAAAAAGAACCAAAUACUGGGCCAAUUUAUUGUAAAAUGGAAAAAUCAAAUAAAUAUCGACAAAAAAAAACUGUUAAAUUAUUUUGUGAUGCCGUCUACCGUUUCGAUGUCAGCUUUAAACCACCUCAACAAUUGCAAUUACUAAGUAUCGAUGGAAAAUUAAUCGAGGUAACAGAGCAAUUGAGGGAUGGAACUGCAUGUGCUUACAGCGCUUAUUAUAGCACAAACAAUGCACAACCAAGUCCUAAAAGUCAUCGUCAAGAAUUACCCAUUACAAUUAGAGUACUUGGAUCCGAAGAUCUUAAAACAUGUCUACAAAUAAAAUAUUAUAAAUCCGAUGAUCAUAAACACUGUGAAUGGGGCUCAAAAUUGCAUUGCAUCGAAUUAGAUUGUUCAAGUUUUGAAGGCAACCUUGCAACAGUAAACAAAGAAACUUAUCGAAAAAUAGGUGCUGAACCUUAAGAUUAAUAUUCAGUGAUACUUAAUACACAAGAUUAAUAAUAUAUAUAAAAAUAAAAAAAAAAUUUACAUAAAAUUUAUGAUGUGAUUCCUAUGCUUCAAUUACAACAUUUGAUUCUACCUCAAUUUACGAUUUACAUUAAUUAAAAAAAAUAUAUAAAAUUUUAAAUGAUACUAUCCUAAUUUAUUGAAAUAAAAUUUAAACUUUCUGUGUAUAUUCUUAUAAACAAUAAAAUUAAA